UCUACUCAGCAAGGCCAGAUCAGAUGAAAAGGGUUCUAAAGCAUGUGUGUACAGCCACUGUAAACACACUUGGAGGUUACGGGAAGUGCAAUAGCCGACACACGUGGAUUUAUUUAUGUAGAGCCGAUUGAUUCAGUUUCCAUGGAUGGCAGUUCAAUUAUUCAGGUGAUGAAAGAUGACACGCCGAUUAUCUUCCACGAUAAUUUCAUCAUCUCUGAAGAGAAUGGCAAUGUAGUUGAAAGACCUGUACUUUUCUCUAGCUUCCAGCCUGAUGUAGCCUUGCUGAUGAAGAAACUUCAGCAUCAAUACCCGGUGAACUUCUUGACAAACGGAGGAAACGAGACGUACGACGAUGUUCGAAUGAAUUCGUUAGAAGAAGCAAAGAAUCUGGCCAUAUCGGGAGGAUUAGAUGGCGUUGUUUUAGAAGUAAAGGGUAUGUUUAGAAACCCUUCGGUAGUAAGAGAAAUUAAAGAAUCAAAUCUAUCCCUCCUAACUUAUGGAAAACAAAAUAAUGUCCCUGAAGCUGUUCAUGUUUAGUAUCUUAUGGGUGUAGAGGGUGUGAUUGUUGAUUUAGUAGAAGAAAUUACAAGUGCUGUUGCAGGUUUAAAAACCGGAUUGGAAGGAGGAUUGCAGGGGAAACAGAAGACAUAUAAGAUUGAACUGUCAUUUUUGUUGAAUUUGAUUUCACAUGUGAUUCAGCAUUGAUUGUUUGUACAUUGGGUUCGGGUCAUUUUGACCAACCAUUUUCAGAAAA